AUGCAGGGUAACGUCCAUAUACGUAUACUUUUCAAAAAUAAGUUUGCUCCCCUGCAAGAGCUCCGCACAAUCCGGCAAGCAGUGCCGAUUCCCGUUGGUACCAAUUUUCCAAGCGCCAGCCAUUGCUCCCCAUUCGAACUCAUUCAGAAAAUAGACAUCUUUGAUCUGCAAGUGUUCUCAGCUCCCGCCUGUGAUUGAUGGUGUAUCCUUCUGAAUACAUAUAUCUAUUCCACUGUAUAAGAAGAAGCCUAUGGAACGAGACAGCCAGUGUAUGUGUAUGGCUUUUCAUCUAUGAUCCAACAACUUAAUCCGUCUAGCUUUAAUCUUCAUCACAUUCCCUCCUCUUUCCCACCACUUAUUUUCGUUCCUGCUUACGCUUGAGCUAAUUUGGGUUUUCACUACCUCCUUGCUAUCAGUAUAUGUAGGAUGACCUCCACCCUAGUCGAAUCCGGGCCCUCAUUUUUACCCACCUCAUCUACAGUCCCUACCUUCCCCGCCCCAACACUUUCUACACCAUCUGUGGGGAAUAAUGACCACACGUAUUCCAAUGCCAAUGUAAAUUGCAGCAACACCACGACGAUUGGCCAGGUUAACGAGAAGGUAACUGUAUGCUUCAAUCCUUCUUUGCUAUUCAAAAAUAAUUUGUACAAUUCCUAGUACGGAUUCAACAUCUUGUCGGAGAUUUCUCCCGGCAUCUUUCGCGUUACAGGUGAUUUGCAAGGUACCCAGGUUACUUUGGAAUGUAUACAAGGUACUUUAGCUGGGGCGAUGCUUCUGUUUGAAUACAAUGGUCGCAAGGAUGUAUUUAUAACAUGGCUACGGAAUUAUCUAUCGAGGAAGAAUACACCACAUACAUUUCGAGCAGUGUAUAUUGUGCCGGACCUGAUACAAUCGGGGUAUAAGGUGUGGAUGGUUGGGGGCUCUCAUCCAUUGGCGAUUAGAACAUCAAUCUUGGAAAUGAAAUGGUCAGGAAGAUUGUACAUCGCUAGAUGCCAACGAAGUCAUUCUGUUCUUUUUAAGUAUCUCUGGAAGGAUAUUCGAAGUGGGCUUGCUGGUUUUAUUAAGUGA